GUUUCUUCUUCCCUCGUCCAAAUAUAAAUUUCGCAUUAAAGUAAGGCAGUUAAUUUCCCAAGAAAGCUACUCAGAAGUCAGAAAUGCCGAAGUCGGUAUUUUACCAAUUUCCUUGAAAAAAAAUGAAAGGUAAUUAGUUUGAUUUGAUGGUCCAACGUUCCCACGAAAACGUCAAGUCGUUUCCGUUCCCCUGCUAGUGCUACUAGUACUACAUUUCCUUCCCAAACCCAAACUCAACUCCUGCGCAGUGCGCACGGCCCUUUUCCUCCAUUACCAAAGUCUCACGCAAAGCUAAAGCUCGACCUGGUGAAACAAAGGCGCCUGAAGGAUACAAUCUAGUUCGCAAGUCCUCUCCCACGAUUCACAGGGCUCUUCUUCCAAUUACCGCUUCCUGAAACCCUAGCUCCUUCACCAUCAUGAGUGCUCCCGCCAUUGCAGGGGGAACGAGCUUGUUCACUGGCUUUACGCGAUUAUGCAAGGGCCUCGCCGUGGUACUCGUCGCCGGUCACAUUGUAGUUCAGACUUUACCUUUCACUGUCAACUAUCUCGCCCUCAUUCCCGCCAGGACUAUACCUUUCGCAUGGAACCUCAUAACAGCUGGCUACAUUGAGCAAACAAUAUAUGGAGUGGUUGCCAACACUUUGUGUCUUCUGGUUAUGGGGAAGUUGCUUGAACCAGUUUGGGGAUCCAAGGAGUUCUUAAAGUUUAUUUUCAUUAUUAACCUCCUUACCUCAGUCUGUGUUUUUAUCACUGCCAUCACCUUGUACUACAUAACAACCCAGGAAACUUACCUUUACAUGCCUGUAUCUGGUUUUCAAGGAGUGGUGUCCGGUUUCUUGGUUGGCAUGAAGCAAAUUAUACCUGACCAAGAGUUAUCUGUGCUGAGAAUAAAGGCUAAGUGGUUCCCAUCUAUAAUGCUAUUGCUAUCAAUUGCUGCUAGCUUCUUCACAGAGGAAUCAGCUAAAUACCUUCCGACACUUAUAUUCGGCACAUACACGAGCUGGAUUUACCUGAGAUACCUACAGAGAAAGCCCGAAACAAAACUUAGAGGAGAUCCCAGCGACGAUUUCACAUUCUCCAGUUUCUUCCCUGAUUUCCUCAGACCGGUUAUCGACCCAAUUGCAUCGAUUUUCCAUCGGUUGCUUUGUGGAAGAUCUCAAGCCCCUGGCGAGAUGGAGGGUUACACAUUGGGAGGUACAGCACUGCCCGGGUCUGACCCCAUCGAGGCAUCUAGGAGGAGGGAGAGAGGAGCUAGAGCACUGGAAGAAAGACUGGCGGCUGAGAAGCUGGCUGCUGCACAAAGCAUUGAAGAGUUGAAAAAGGAUGCCCCUGAAAAUAAUGUGUAAAGAUUAUCUUCUUCUUUUAACUUCGAGAAAAAAGAGACAACUCUCCUCUACCAGAUAAUGAGAUAUGUGCAGCAGGUUUGGGAGAUUCAAACCUGAAGUUUUAACCGGUCGGCCACCCGAUCGCCAUUGCCUUCGUCCUCUUUCUUUCUUUCUCUCUCUCCCUUCUCUCCUAUCUGUUACUUCUGUUUGGGGAUUAAUAUUCUGCAGUCAGUUUUGUUGUCCAUAUAGCCAGCCGCUGAUCAGAAAUCGGAUCACAGUAUAAAUGUCUGUCUGUUUGUCUGUCUUUCUUCUUCUUUUCCUGUGUUUCGCUUCCACUUCAGGAAAUAUUGGUUGAUUGCAUCGUGUCCCACAUUACUUGCAGCUGCAUGAAGACGUGGUUCUGGUCUGGUCCCAGGAAUAAAAAGAGUACAUGUAAUCCGUUCCAUGUUCCGAAUUUUGGUAGUUUGUUUUACAUUUUUAACGUCGGUCUCAAAAAGUUACUUGUGUUUUGUAAAAUUAUUAAUUGAACAAAGAUGAUAAUGAUUUAAAAAUGUUGGGUGUUU